AUGAAGCUUGACACUUCUCAUAUGAGGUAUCUUACCUCGGACGACUUUAAAGUCCUCCAAGCCGUUGAGCAGGGAACCCGUAAUCACGAGUUAGUCCCCACCACCUUGAUCCACAAUAUCAGUGGAAUGAAGUCCCCCACUGGAACCAACCGUUGCAUAGGAGAUUUAGCCAAAUUGAAGCUUAUUUCAAGAUUAAGGAAUGCCAAGUACGAUGGGUUCAGAUUGACGUUCUCAGGGUACGAUUACCUUGCUCUUAAGACGAUGCUUAAUAGGGAAACAUUAUACUCUGUAGGAACCAUCAUUGGUGUUGGUAAAGAGUCCGAUAUCUAUUCUGUCAGUGACCCUGCUGGUGUUCAAAAGGUUAUCAAAAUAGCCAGAUUGGGGAGAACUUCCUUUCGUACUGUCAAAAACAACAGAGAUUAUCUUCAGCAUAGAAAUACCUCGAACUGGAUGUACUUGUCCAAGUUAGCGGCUCAGAAGGAGUACGAGUUCAUGUGCACUUUGUACGAGAACGGAUUUAUUGUCCCACAGCCAUUCGACUAUUCCAGGCACUGUGUGAUGAUGGAAUGGAUCAAGGGUUCAUGUAUGAAGCACUUGAAAAAACACAACAACUACAAGCAAUUGUACUCUAACUUGAUGAACUUCAUUGUCAAGUUAGCCAACCACGGGUUGAUACAUUGUGAUUUCAAUGAGUUCAACAUUAUUAUAAGAGAUGAGGAAGAGAUGAGGAAGCACAAGUACGAAUAUGAUUUUGUAGUUAUCGAUUUCCCACAGUGUGUUUCCAUUGAACAUGUGGAUGCUAAGGACUACUUUGACAGAGAUGUUAAAGGAAUAAGAGAUUUCUUCAGCAAGAAGUUCAGAUACUCACCAGAGCAUGACCCAACGAUGUUAGACACUGAGGGAUUCGGAGAAGGUUACAGGUAUGCGUACCCAAAUUUCAGUAGAGACGUCAAGAGAGAGAAGAGUUUGGAUGUCGAAGUGAAGGCAUCUGGAUAUGCCAAGAAAUUGACUGGCAACAGAGAAGAUAAGGAUUUGGAGAGGGCAUUAUUGGGAAUGAGAGAGAACAACGGUGAUGAAGAAAACUUCGAAGAUGGUGAAUCUGGUGAAGACGAGGAUGACGAGGAUGAUGAAGAAGAUGAUGACGAUGACGACGACGAAGAAGAAGAAGAAUACGAAGAAGAAUAUGAAGAAGAAGAAGAAGUUGAUGAACACAACGACAAAGAAGAAAAUGAAAAGAUCAUCGAAGCAUUAUCCAGCGGAGUUGGUGACUUGAAGAUGGACAAGUUAGGUAAUUACAUUUUAGAGUGA